CAGAGGAGGCGAGAAGGAGACGGACUUGGGAAAAACCAGCUCGUCCUAAACUCGAUAGCUGCUUGAGCUACACGGAUUAACAGCAGCUUUAGAGGUUAUUGCUAACAUAUGAUACUGUUUCCACUUGCUCGUAGAAGUUAUUUCGACGGAAGAAGGCUGUUUGGCUUACUUUGGAGGCUGAACGGAGACCGGAGGGAACCUCGCUUGUUUCCCAGUCGGAGCGGACGGAGCUGUGGUUGUAGCCGGGCAGCCCCGCCGGAGAGUCGGGAAGAAACUAAAGCUUCCACGCGGAAUAUAACAACAUAAAUACAAGACUUGGGCACCCACUUUCCACUGUAGGCGACUGUGGAUGCUAAACGCUUCGCCUUUUUGACGUUUUAAAGCUAUGCAAAGGGGCUUUUUCCGAGGAUACGUUUGAUUGGAGGACGGCGGAGUGCGCUUGAUUUCCAGUCCGAUGGAUGUUAGCCCUGCCCGGCUGUGGCUCGGCUGUCCUCUCCGCUGGUUUGAAAAGAGCAGGUUAAACACCUCCAGGCACAGGUGAACACGUAGGUUCAUAACAAUGCUGCAAACCUGGCAAGUGAAUGACAGCUCCGGCUCGGGUGCCAAGAAGUCAAGUGUUUGUGUGUAAACCUGGAAAUACCACCAUCUUCUUCAUCAUCACCCUCCUCUUCUUCGCUUCUCCUUUUUUGGACUAGUAAGGCUAGCAUUACCUGGGAUACUCUGGAUUCAGGCUCGAUUUUGACAUUUUAAAAUGUCCUUUUUGCAAAGACAGUGCUCUCUGGAGCAACAAGACAUUUAAUUUGACUCUUUGACUUUUUUUAGAUUUUGUUGUUUUUUUGUUUGUUUGUUUUUUUUAUAAUUCUCUUUCCAGUCAGAGGAUCAGAUUCGGAUGGAAAAUGGGAGACGCCACCAAACUGGCCUUCGCCGUUUUCCUCAUCUCCUGCUCUUCAGGUGCCAUCCUGGGACGCUCGGAGACUCAGGAGUGCGCCUACUACAACUCCAGCUGGGAGAAGGAACGCACCAACCGCAGCGGCAUCGAGCCGUGCUUUGGCGACAAAGACAAGCGGCGGCACUGCUUCGCCACAUGGAAGAACGUGUCCGGCACCAUAGAGAUCGUCAAGCAGGGCUGCUGGCUUGACGAUGUCAACUGCUAUGACAGUAACGAAUGUGUGGAGAAGAAGGAGAGUCCGGACGUCUUCUUCUGUUGUUGUGAAGGCAACAUGUGCAACGAGAAGUUCCUGUACGCUCCUGAACCGCCCCCACAGAGCGACCCGCACCACUCGACCGCCUACACCACUUCCAACCCAUUUUCCCAGAAGCCUCAGCUCUUCAGCACCCUUCUCUACUCCUUGGUUCCCAUCAUCGGUUUGGCUGCCGUCGUCCUCUUCUCCUUCUGGAUGUGGAGGCAUCACAAACUGGCUUACCCAGCUGCCCUCGUCCCCACACAUGAUCCCGGGCCCUCACCCCCGUCCCCCCUCAUGGGACACAAACCUCUGCAGCUGAUCGAGGUGAAAGCCAGGGGGCGCUUUGGGUGUGUUUGGAAAGCCCAGCUGCUGAGCGAUUAUGUGGCAGUGAAGAUCUUCCCCAUUCAGGACAAGCUGUCUUGGCAGAACGAGUAUGAGAUCUACAGCGUGUGCGGCAUGAAGCACGACAACAUCCUCCACUUCAUCGGCGUGGAGAAGAGGAACAACAACCUGGACCUGGAACUGUGGCUCAUCACCGCCUACCACGACAAGGGCUCCCUCACCGACUACCUGAAGGCUAACGUGGUGUCAUGGAACGAGCUGUGCCUCAUCACUUCGACGGCGGCCCGCGGCCUCGCCUACCUCCACGAAGACAUCCCGGGCCACAAAGACGGACACAAGCCCUCCAUCGCUCACAGGGACAUUAAGAGUAAGAAUGUGUUGUUGAAGAAUAACCUGACAGCCUGCAUCGCCGACUUUGGCCUCGCUCUGAAGUUUGAAGCAGGAAAAUCAGCAGGAGACACUCAUGGACAGGUGGGAACACGCCGCUACAUGGCUCCUGAAGUCCUUGAAGGUGCCAUCAACUUCCAGCGAGACUCCUUCCUGCGCAUCGACAUGUAUGCCUUCGGCCUCAUGCUGUGGGAACUCGCAGCACGCUGCACGGCCGCUGACGGCCCGGUGGACGAGUACAUGCUCCCGUUCGAGGAGGAGGUGGGUCAACAUCCUUCUCUGGAGGACAUGCAGGACGUGGUCGUUCACAAGAAGCUGCGGCCCUGCCUCAGAGACUGCUGGCAGAAACACGCGGGUCUGGCCAUGCUCUGUGAAACCAUCGAGGACUGCUGGGACCAUGAGGCCGAGGCCCGCCUGUCUGCCGGCUGCGUAGAGGAGCGCAUCGGCCAAAUGCAGCGCCAAGCCCCCAUCAUUGGCCCCGAGGAGAUUGUCACCGUUGUCACCAUGGUGACCAACGUGGACCUCCCACCCAAGGAGUCCAGCUUAUGAUUCAUCUGACAAGCUCAUGGAAACACGGAUCAGCACGAGGGGAUGAACGGCCGACCCUGGUUGGUUGGCGUUCCGGGUUUUUUUCUCUUUUUUUUCCUUUUCCCUUUUUUUUUUUUUCUCUCUUUCUUUUUUGUUGUUCCUUUAAGUGCGGGCCGCUACUUCAGGAAACACCCUGCGCCCACCUCACCACAUCAGUUGUUAUCCACCUCAUUUUGAUAUGUGUGCCUGAGGAUUUUAACGUUGGAGAAAAAACUCUCAACCCGAGCAAACCAUUCAGGAUUUUAAACGAGUGAAAGUGUCGACAUGCUGGGACAAAACGCUUUUAUCAUGUAUUGUUUUUAUACACACACACUCACACAGGAGGGCGACCUGUUCUGCUCGGGUUUUCUAUGGAGAGAGGAGACCCGGCGGGGAAAUUUCACAGAACUCUCAGUGCAUUUUACUGUAAAAAAAAAAAGAAAAGAAAAGAAAAAAAAGACGAGCACCUGGCUCUGGAUACA